GUGGUCACACUGAAUUAUGGAAAACAUCGAUUGCGGCUGCCAACUUGUACAAAUCGGCUGAUAUAUGUGGAUAUUUUUGGAUAUUCGAUGUGAAAGUGUUGCGGCGCGACCAAAAGUUCGGCAGUUUUGUGCCGCUAAACGUUAGGCAGACGAUUAGUGCCCGGCAUUGAAUGAAAAUCGUGGCGGAAAAUGAAACGCACUGAAGGCGACAACGCACAACUGGUGCUUGUUAUUACAUAAAAAAAAGGCCCAACCUCGCCCUCUCUUCGUCAUCAUCUCAGAAAGUCAUCAUCAUCAUCAUCAUCGACAUCAUCAUCGUCAAGUUUAAUCGACAGAAGCAGCAGUGCCUCCAAAAACAGCAUCUUUUUUUAAAUAAAUAAAAAAAAAAACAGACCCAAUAAAAUAAAAAAAAAACUAGCCACAAAAAAACUCUUAAAAAACAAUAACAACAACAACAACCCCGGGGGGUGGAGGAGCUGGUGCAAAAGUGGAGCGGCAGCGGUUCCAAAUAUGAGCGUCUUCAAUGACUUCCAGCGUCUGUGGAUGGAACGUUUUCCGCAGAGCUCCCUCUCCGAUGCCUGGGAGCUGGAUGUACGCGCCAGUCUCGAGCGGCACAAGGUCAAGAUCCAUGAACUGAGCAAAGAGCUGGAGCAGGAGACCCUCUAUGUGGAGUAUCUGGAGCGUCUGUUGUCCGAUGUGGAGAAGUAUCGCGCCACCGGCGGUGAUCCAACGGCCCUCUUUGAGGCAGCCAGCGGUGGUACCAGCACCAGUAGCAGCAGCACGGCGAACAAUGGCACUACCACCAAUGGAGCAGCACCUCCAGGGGCUGGCUCAUCGGCUGGAGGGGUGGACAAAGAAUUUAAAUCCAGUUUAAAUCUUCGAGAGUCUUCCUCCUCCGCUGGUGGCAAGGACAAGGAUCGCUUGUCCCUUAACACAGACAACAAAUACACACACACAAGUCAGAAUGCCACGGGCAGUGGAGGCGGUGGCGGUGGCAGUGGCCUCAACUCUGCCCCGCCCACAGCCAAGCGCAUUCCGGAUCUGAGCUUCGAACGGGAGGAUAGGGAUAAGGAUAGCGGCAAUGAGAAGGAUGCAAAUGGAGCACUCCAGCAAUGCAUCACAGAACUGGCGGCGUCCAUAAAAGCCCAGCCGGAUAAUGGUGGUGCUGGGGCUGGGGCUGGGGUGGGAGGUGUCGAUGGAGACAAGGAUACCGCUGCCACGAAAUUGCCGCUGCGCAAGUCCACAUCACAAUACGUCACCGUCAUCCAGGUCAAGGAGGCCAAAGACAAAGACGGCGACAAUGCCGCCACUUCGGUCAACGACCAGCAGCCGUCGCAGCAACAACCCACUCCGCCCUCCACCUUCUCCCGCUUUGCAGGCGGCAGUGCAUCCGGUGGCGGCGUGGGUGUGGGUGUGGAGCCUACAGCACCGCCCCUUUCGCCCUCGCUCACCUCGUACGCCGCCCACGUCGAGAAAAAGAAAAUGCCACCCAGACCUCCGCCAAAGAAUGUUCGACGCGUGGAACCGCCAACCAUUCCCAGCCAGCAGCUGUCCUCCUCCCCCAAACGGGAUGGCCCCUUUGCGGGCAGCACCAUGCCACUGCCGAGCAGCUCCGGCGGCAGUCUGUCCUCCGACAGUCCCGGCAACUCGUUGGAACGCAACAUCAAGCCCUCGGACAUCCUGCGCCAGAAGUCUUCCGAGAACCUGGACGCCAAGUAUGCGGCCAAUCGCAAGACCACACCCGAGCUGGGCAAGUUCGUGAACGUCAACAAUCCGGAGCUGAUGGAGGAGCUGGGACGCAAAAUGGUGGGCGGUGGCAAGGCGGAUGGCCUGGAGCAGGCCAAGAGGAGCGACUCCUCGGCCUCGCCGUCCAGCGGCAGUGGCGGUGGCAGUCUGGGACGGACGGCCUCCACGCCGGGCCGAGCUCUGACACCGGGCAGGACGGCAGCGGGAGUGGGCGCCUCGCCCACGGGUAGCCUGAACAAAAGCGCCAAGUUGGCGGCGGCGGACAGCAGCUCCACGAGCAGCCUGGAGAAGAAAUCGCGCACCUCCCUGCAGGCCAGCGAUGCGGAAUCAGCCAAUCAGCGAAGUGCCGGCUCCAAGGAGUCCCUGGCCUCGCAGGGCAUAUCAGAAGUGAUCAAAAGCUAUGAGAGUGUAUCCUCGCUGAGCUCUGAGAGCGCCAAGGCGGCGGGGGCGGCGACGGCAGGCUCCCAACAGAAUCCGGCAGCUUCUGCGGCGGACAAUGAGCCGUAUUAUGACAGCGUGCCGCUGGACAACGGCGAGGGCGAGUAUGUGUUCAUUAAGCCCGGCCGCACCGGCUCCUCCUCCAGUCGCGAUGACCUGUCGACGCCCGGCAGCAGCACCCUGCCCCUGGCCAGUGUGGCGGAUCCCGAAUCUCCCGGCCGGACCUCCAACUACGUCAAUAUCGACUAUUUCCUACAGCAAAGCAACGAGACACGUUCCAGUUCACUGGACAGCGAUGGCGAAUACGAGGGUCCGCCCAUAUUGCGCACCAUAUCCCACGACGAACAGACCACCACCAGCACCACCACGUCACAGAACACGCCGGGAGCCCUGCGCAAGAACCUUGUUUCAGCGAUACUUGUCUGUGGAAAUGCCCGUGGUGCCAAAAUACGUUCCAUACUCAGCUCCAUCAUCCAGAGCGAGACGAUAUACGUGGAGUGCCUCAACAAGAUGAUGCAGUACAAGAAGGCCAUCCACGCCACGUUGAACACAUCGCAGCCUGUGAUCAAGGAGGAGGAGGAGAACACGAUCUUCUUCAAGAUCGACGAACUGUACGAACUGCACACGGCCUUCCUGGCGGACCUGAAGACGAUCGUGUCGCACGAGGGCGGCGAUGUCCUGAUCGGAGAGCCCUUCAAGCGCAUGGCCGACAUGUUCGACCUGUACAGCGCCUUUCUGCACAACUACAAGAACGCCAUCGACACGGUGAAGAAGUGCAGUGGCACGAAUCCGCAGUUCAAGAAGAUCGUAUCGACCAUUGUCGUCAAUCUGCAAACCGAGCAGUCGCUAACGCUCGAGGAUCUGCUCCACAAGCCGGUGGCACGCGUCCAAAUCAACGCCCUGGUCUUCAACGAUCUGCUCCGGGAGACGCCGCCCAAUCAUCCGGAUCACCAGCCGCUGCGCCAGGCCCAGAAGAUCAUUCAGAUGUUCCUCAAUCAGUUCAACGUGGUCAACCAGCGCCUGCCCAUCGAGUCCAACCGCAACCUGCGGCGCAUGGUGCGCAACUCCUUCAUCGUGGAGCUGGUCGAUGCACAUCGUAAGCUGCGCCAUCUGUUCCUCUUCAACGAUGUGAUUGCCUGUGCCAAGUACAAGGCUCUGGGACGAGAUCGCAUCGACUACGAGCUGAAGUGGUUCAUACCCCUGAAGGAUAUCUCCAUCUACGAGGAGGCCGAUCCGGCCGCGGAGCUGAAGGAAUCUAGUCCGGCGAACAUUUCGCAAGUGAAGCGCAACCUGCGUUCGGUGCGCGAUCAACUGGCCCUGGAGGCGGCCAGCAACAAUGGCGGUGGAACGGUGCGCUCCGGCGACAAGUACCGUCGCAAGCUGGCCGAUCUGGAGUCACAGCUGGUGCUGGCCACGCCCAAUCUGGUCCUGCGACUGGGCAACAAGGCCAACAACAAGACCAUGACCUUCUUCCUUAGCUCGGACUUUGAGCGGACACAGUGGAUUGAUUCAAUCACAUCGUUAAAGCAAAAAUGCAACCUGCCGGGUGCCAACACAAUAAAUGCUCUGGAGGUCACCGCCUUCAUUGUGGCCAUGCAAAAGGGCAUGAAGACUGAAAUGGGUUCGUAUCUGAUGCGCAACACCAACGACGAGAGCCUCCUGGUCGGUGACCUUCACAUGGCCGUCCAAGGGCUGCAGGGCCUGGAGCAGCCCACCGAUCUGUAUAUCUGUAUCGAGGUCGACUCCUAUGGCCACUACUUCCGCAAGGCCACCACCAAGAUGAUCUGUCGCAGCCAGACCCCGCUCUGGAACGAGAGCUUCAUGCUGGAGCUCGAGGGCAGCCAGAAUGUGCGCAUUUUGCUCUACGAGGCCAAGGAGCGUCCCCUUCUCAGGGCCAAGCACAUACUCAAGUUAAGCCUCAGCUGGUUGACGGAGACCACCCAGACACGUACCAUUAAGCUCAGCGAGACUUUGGAGCUGGGCUGCAGCUUCCGGUUCGUGCCCGGAGAACUGUGCCGCGCCACAACCAAGCCAGGUGCACUGUUCGGUGCCAAAAUGAGCCAAGUAUUGAAACGCGAAAAACGCGACAUUCCGUUCAUCAUCAGUGCCUGCAUACGCGAGGUGGAGCGACGUGGAAUGCUGGAGGUCGGUUGCUAUCGUGUCAGCGGUAGUGCCUCUGAUCUUUCCAAGCUCAAGAAGGCCUUUGAAUCGGAUGCCUAUGAGGCAGAGCAGCUACUACGCGAGGUGGACAUCCACUCGGUGACUGGAAUUUUAAAGACUUUCUUGCGAGAACUACCCGAAGCCCUAUUCACGGAUCAGCUUUAUCCGCGUUUCUUCGACACAUUCAGCGCCUUUAGCAACAACAAUGAAGCCAUACGGACCAGCGAGCUACUCAAGGUUUUCGAAGAGCUUCCUCAGGCCAACAAGGCCUCCAUCAGUCUGAUUCUGGAUCAUUUGAUAAGAGUCCAUGAAAAGGAAGCGGAUAACAAGAUGUCGCUGCACAACCUGGCCAUGGUUUUCGGGCCGACUCUAUUGCGCCCCGGCCAGACCCAGGUGAAGCAGAAGGAUCCACUGGCCGCCAGUACAGUCGAUGUGAUGGCCCAGGCCGGUAUACUCUACUGCUUCCUGCAGGCUCGCAUCAAGAAGGACUAAAGCCCUGCCCCCUGCAUUAUACAUAUGGAUCAUAUAUAUAUAUAUAUAUAUAAAUUAUAUAUUUUUUUUACAUAGCAAUAGAGAGAGAGCAGUUGAUACGCCUACUCCAUGCCCCUUGUUGCACAAAAAUGCAAAUCUAAAAAAAAAAAUAAAAAGGACCUAACACGCACAUAAACACACACACAACCACACCCAAGCUGCUGCCAAUUGUAUAUACCAGAAAUGAUGAUGAUGAGGAUGAGGAGCUGGCUAGGAUCGAACAAUCUGCUCAAUGGCGGGCACAAGCACAAGCACAAAAGCACAU